AUGGCGCUGGGUAAACAGGAGGAAACAGUGAGGGAAUCCCGUUAUUUUACUGCAUUGAAAGCCUAUAAACACGGAGCGCCGGGAAGGAAGUCGCGUUCCCUCUCGAGUAAGCCGAGCGCCGAGCCGCGCCGCCUCCAACGCGCCGGGAGCCGGAGCCGGGAGCCGGGAGCCGGGAGCCGGGAGCCGGGAGCCGGGAGCCGGAGCGGAGGCGCGCAGCUCCCGGGCCCCUCGCAGGCUCCGCGGCCAGGGCACCCCGAGAGCAUGCUUUAG